UUCAUAAGCGUUUUCGCGCUACCUGUUAUGAAAUCUUCGACGGAUGAUACAAAAACACGUGUUCUUUUACGUUUAAACCGUGCGAGUUUUGUGUUAUUCGAGUCGAUUUAAGAAUCGCGAGGGUAAGUAGGUAAAACAGUGCGAAACGGAGGUGCGAGAAGCGGCAUAAUCUGCGAGAAAACCAGUGCAACAGGAGCAUUUACGCGGAUGAUUGAAGGGGAAAGUGGUGAAGCAGCAGAGCGGCCAUUUUAUGUUAGUAUGACGUAGAGGCUGGGUGUAGCUUCGCGUUCAACCGUCCGUGUACUCUUUGGAAAAGGCGAGAAAAUCGGAAUUCUGAUGCUGGGGUCCAGGUAAAUGCACGCACCACGCGCUGAACGUGUUAACCAUAAGAUUAAGACCGACGAACGGUGAGGAACUAGUUAAAUACGGAAGUACACACAGACGGGGGUAGCCGAGAAGAGCGAGUAUGAGCGACGAAAGCAAUCCCCGAACGCUCUAUGUGGGUAAUUUGGACGCUACGGUGUCGGAGGAACUUUUGUGCGCACUUUUCUCGCAAAUAGGUGCCGUGAAAGGAUGCAAGAUUAUACGGGAACCGGGAAACGACCCGUAUGCGUUCGUCGAGUUCACGAAUCAUCAGUGCGCGGCCACGGCGCUAGCCGCCAUGAACAAGCGAUCCUUUCUGCAUAAGGAAAUGAAGGUUAACUGGGCAACGAGCCCUGGAAAUCAGCCGAAGUUGGACACCAGUAAUCAUCAUCACAUAUUUGUCGGCGAUUUAUCACCAGAAAUUGAGACACAAACUUUAAAAGAGGCGUUCGCGCCGUUUGGCGAGAUCAGCAACUGCAGGAUUGUUCGCGAUCCACAAACUAUGAAAAGCAAAGGGUACGCUUUUGUGUCUUUCGUUAAGAAGUCCGAGGCCGAGACCGCGAUAACGUCAAUGAAUGGUCAGUGGCUUGGUUCGAGAAGCAUUAGGACAAAUUGGUCCACCAGAAAACCACCCCCACCAAGGUCCGAAAGGCCACGACACUCAAACAAUAGUAAACCUAACUACGAAGAGGUAUACAACCAAAGUAGUCCAACCAAUUGCACAGUCUAUUGCGGAGGUUUUACGAAUGGUAUUACGGAUGACUUAAUAACCAAAACAUUCUCCCCAUUUGGCACCAUACAAGAUAUAAGAGUAUUCAAAGACAAAGGAUACGCGUUCAUUAAAUUUACUACUAAGGAAGCGGCGACACACGCCAUAGAAUCUACACAUAAUACAGAAAUUAAUGGUAGCAUUGUUAAAUGUUUUUGGGGCAAAGAGAACGGUGAUCCGAAUAGCGUGGGUCCUAAUGCGAAUCAUCAAGCACAACAGGUAACAGCUGGAGCAGGACAAUAUGCAUACGGAUACGGUCAGCAAAUGGGAUACUGGUAUCCACAGGGAUAUCCGCAAAUGCAGGGUCAGUUUCUACAACCUGCACAAUAUUACAACCAAUAUUAUGGGCAGCAGACUCAAUAUUUGCGAAUGCCUACUCCUGGUGGAGGCACAUGGCAAGCUGCACAAGCGACUGCCGCACCACCGACCGCAACUGCACCAUUGCCACCAGGUCAGCAACCUGCCAUGGUAGCAUACACCAUGCCACAAUAUCCUACGCAAUGAAAUUGAUCAAUAAUCGGCAUCAACUAAUUGUUACAUAUGAUACACAUUUGCCCCUGGGGCUCUUGCAAAAACUGUUCUGUCAUAUACCUAUUCUAACAAAUUCAUUGGUAUUUUGACUGCAGCACGUCAUAUGUAAAAAUUAUUCAUGUUUUACUUCAACCGAAGUAUUACAGUGUAAAGAAAGCUCCUAAAUUUGGUUGUCCCAAUAUUGACUGAUAUUGAAAUGCUCUUAUUACAAAGAACUGUUCCAUCAAAAGUUCCAUUAUAUAAAUAUAUAUAUAUAUAUAUAUAAUAUAUUAUAUAUUAUAUAUAUAUAUAUUCGACCACACACAAGCAGAAACACACGCGCGCGCGUGCGCACGCACACACACACAUACACACACACACAAAAUUACAUAUUUCCAUUAUACGUUUCCCUUGCCAAACAAUAGAAACGUAUACCAUUUUAAUAAAUGCAAGCAUCUUGCAAUGCUCACUAAAAAAUUAUAAAGAAAAGAGACAAACAAAGAAUUCAAGAAAAUUUAUCAUAGCAGUCGAUCUGUCAGCGUGAUUGAAUAAUCAUUUUCCAAACAAAAGCGAAAAAUAGAAAAAGUUUGUAUCCAUGGUGUUGAAUGAGGUAUAUUUCUGAACUUAAGAUUGCAGCCCCUUGACGAGCCCUGCAUUCGUUUGCGCUGCGUAAGGUGUACGUAUGUAUGCGACCAUUGUGUUGUUAUAUUUUUAAUAUUUUUGCCACAAUUACCAAUCUUUAGUUUAUUCUCGAAUCAUCGAUGAACAGAGAUGAAUGUUCAUUUAUGGUAAACAGGAAGUAUGACAUUGAAUAUAGUAUAAGAUAGAGAGUGUAGGUAGACACGGCGCCUGUGAUGUAGCUAGAUUUGGAUGCAUGCUUUAACGUAUGCAGGGCCCUUAUUAAAAUACACUAUGCGAGUCGGUAAACGAGUUGUAAACUUUCCUCGUUAUGUGAUAUUUAUCGUCGGUGGUAAAUGUACAAAACUUUCAUACAAAGAGUUUAGAAGGAAAGAAGGAGAAGUAUUCCAGAAAGUCUGUGUCAAAAAAAAAAAGAGAAGAAAACGAAAAAUAUUUUUAUGUCGAA